CAUUUCAAAAAUAAUUCUGGUAAAUAAAAGGCGCCGAGAAGAACGGUUUAUUAUCGCCCUCUCAUAUUUUCUCCACAAACUCUUUCCAAAAAAAAAAACACAGUUUUAGCAUAUUUCACGUAAAGAAAACAAAGCUAUGGCGGAUCAGCUCACCGACGAUCAGAUCUCCGAGUUCAAGGAAGCCUUCAGCUUAUUCGACAAGGAUGGUGAUGGUUGCAUUACCACGAAGGAGCUUGGCACCGUGAUGCGUUCCCUAGGUCAAAACCCAACAGAAGCUGAGCUUCAGGACAUGAUCAACGAAGUUGAUGCAGAUGGUAACGGAACCAUCGAUUUUCCUGAGUUCUUGAACCUUAUGGCUAGGAAAAUGAAGGACACGGACUCUGAGGAGGAACUCAAGGAAGCGUUCAGAGUCUUUGAUAAAGACCAAAACGGUUUCAUCUCUGCUGCUGAGUUGAGACAUGUGAUGACGAAUCUAGGCGAGAAGCUAACUGAUGAGGAAGUUGAUGAGAUGAUUAAGGAGGCUGAUGUUGAUGGUGAUGGUCAGAUUAACUAUGAAGAGUUCGUCAAGGUUAUGAUGGCCAAGUGAGGCCACAACCUACUUGUUACUUCCCCUCUUUUUAUUAUGUAAUAUUCAUGGCUUUUUUUUUUGGUGAUUACAAGAGACAGGAAUGUUAUAUCUCUUUUACGUUGUUAGUUUCUGUCUGGAUGAUUGAUUUACCUAGUGGCUCUUUGUCUUCAUAGAA